GUAGUUUGGGUAGCAUGGCUGAGCACAAGUGGUGCUCCUUGCAGCUCCCUCACCCUGGUCUUCAAAGCUUAGUGCUGGGCAAAAUUGUGUCUCCAGAUGAACAGUUAUAUCCAUCUCAGGUAAUAUGUAUUUGAAGCCACGUAAUGUUUAACAGAGGAAAACAGCAGUAUGACUAAAGCAGCAAGAAACAGCACAACCCAUAUGAGAGCAAGAGCCUUCUGAAUGUAAUUAGCUGUGAAGAAAGAUGAAGGCCACCCUCUCACUGUGCUUUCUGGUGGCCUUGCUUCACCUCAAUGUUCACAGCCUGACCCAGACUGACCACCACAGUGACCAGCCCAAUGCAACUGAACCCCAGGAGCAACAUUCCCACAAGGGAGAUCCUCUUGAGUCCUGCCAGCGGAUAGUCCCCAGCAACACAGACUUUGCCUUUCGGUUUUACAGGCAAGCAACCACCCAAGAACCUGGCAAGAACAUUUUCUUUUCCCCAGUCAGCAUCUCUGCUGCCUUUGCCCUUCUGGCCCUGGGCUCCAGAGCCACCAGCCAGGCUCAGGUGCUGGAAGGACUGGCCUUUAACCUCACCAACACUCGGGAGGAGGAGAUACAUGAUGGCUUUCGUCAUCUCCUCCUCUUGCUGAACCGCCCUGGCAACCAGGUGCAGCUGAGUAUGGGGAACACCCUGUUCAUGGACAAUCACCUGAAGCCACUGAAAACAUUUCUGAAGGACAUCAAAAAACUGUACAGAGGAAAUGUUGUUUCUAGUAACUUCCAGAAUUCCACUGAAGCUAAAAAAGAGAUCAAUGAUUAUGUAAAGAAUGAAACUCAUGGGAAUAUAAAGCAAAUACUUAAAGAACUUGAUCCAAACACCCUAAUGGUAAUUGUUAACUAUAUUUAUUUCAAAGCCUACUGGGAAAAUCCUUUCAGUAUUAGAGGGACCCACAAGGAUUAUUUCCAUGUGAAUGCAAAGACCUCAGUUGAAGUGAAGAUGAUGACUCGAGAUGGAUUUUAUAAAGCAUACUCUGACAGGAAGUUGUCUUGCAAGGUGGUGCAGAUUCCUUACAAGGGAGAUGUUGCAGCACUGUUUAUCCUGCCCAGCGAAGGAAAAAUGAAACAGUUGGAACGUGGCCUGACAAAAGACACAGUGUCUAAAUGGGAAAAAUCACUUCAAAGACGGAGGAUAGAAGUGCAUAUUCCAAAACUAUCAGUUUCGGGCACCUAUGACUUAAAGAAGAUCUUAAUGAAUCUGGGUGUAACUGAUGUGUUUUCUGAUCAGGCUGAUCUGUCUGGAAUCACAGGAAACCUUGAUGUGAAGGUUUCAAAAGCUGCUCACAAGGCCCUGUUGAAGAUUCAUGAGAAUGGCACAGAGGCUGCGGCAGUCACUGGCAUAGAUUUUCUUCCUCAUUCUGUUCCUCCUAUUGUUAAGUUCAACCGUCCAUUUUUGCUGUUGAUUGUUGAUCAAUAUACUCAGAGCAUCCUCUUCAUGGGAAAAAUUGUAAAUCCAACUGAAAAAUGACUGGUCAGUGACUGGUCUUAUUGAUUUGAAUUGUAUUUUAUAAAAUUAUCAUUUCUUAUGUUUAAAAUUAUAUCAAAACAGCUACUAACAAUUUUCUUUUUCCAAAGAAGUCAGGUAAGAGUGUCUUAAAAACACUGUUCUUGCUUUCUCCUUCAGUAGAAAGUAACAACUGACAUACACCUGUUAGUGAAUUAUGAAGAAUUUUGUAAAUCAGACUUUUAGUGAUAAGUGCCAUGUUUGAAAAGCAAGGUAAUAUCCAGCUGAGACAAUCAGUUUAAAACACUGUAAAUAAAUAAAGUACAAAUUAA